AUGAAGCUCCAGCUUCAAAGGAUCAUGCAGAACAUACAGAACAAGCCUUUCUCCACCGCUAACUCCCUCUUUACUGCUUCCAAUAGGGAUAAACCUUUACCUCCUAAGUUCAAAAUGCCUUCGAUCGACACCUUCGACGGUACAACUGAUCCGGUCAACCACGUGGAAGUGUACAGGACGCUCAGGAUCCUCCAUGCUUUUCCUGAUGAGAUCAUGUGUCGUUCUUUUCUCGUUACGCUAAAGGGAUCAACACGACUCUGCUCAUCCAAUAUUAUCUUCCUCAAUGCUUUCAGACAACUCAAAAUUGGGAAAGAAAAGUUGUCACUCCUGCAGACCCCCUUAGCUGGUUUCAUAGGAGAUGGGGUGACCUCUAUAGGAUCCAUCGACCUCCCAAUCACUAUUGAGGAGCACCUAAGACAGACUACAAAGAUCCUCACCUUCCUGGUCGUUGAUUCUCCCUUCGCUUUUAAUAUUAUACUUGGGCGUAUAGCUCUCAAUGUCUUCCAAGUUGUGACGUCUACGUACCAUCUAGUAGUAAAAUUUUCGACUAACCAUGGGAUCGGCACUGUGAGAGGCGAGCAAACUGUAGCCACAAAAUGUUAUGUUGCCUCGUUGAAGGAGUUGAAAUUAAAGGAGGCAAUGAUCAUUGAGGGCCUCGAUGUUAGAGACGAAGAGGAAUUAAUUCGGGGGGAACUAGUAGAAGAAUUAGUCGAAGGCAUUUUCCACCCAGAGCGCAACAACCUCAUCACUGAGGAAAUGGAUAAAUUGUUGAAGGCCAAGUUUAUCCAAAAUGUGGAAUAUCCCAAACGGUUAUCCAAUGUGGUCUUGGUCCGCAAAAAUAAUGGCAAAUGGAGACUCUGCGUCGAUUAUUCUGACCUCAAUUGGGCAUGUCCAAAGGACUGUUAUCCACUUCCCAGAAUAGAUCUACUGGUUGAUGCAACGGCAGGCCAUUAA